AUGAUGACUAAUGCUUUUUCGAGCCUAUUACCUAAGAAACAAAUUAAUUCCGAUGUUUUUCUAAACGAACAUGCUGAAUGUGAUGGUUGCGUUACUAGAAUUGCAGUGUGGGACACGGGUAUUGACCCGACAGCUGCAGGCUUACAAACUACACCUGAUGGAAAACGAAAAAUUGUGGACAUGAUUGAUGCUUCAGGUUCUGGAGAUGUAAAAAUGAAAUAUAAACGAUCUAUUAACAAGAAGCAUCGUGUCAUUGAAACACUGACCGGUCGUAAAGUAGAGGUACCGAGUCAUUGGAAUCCUCCAGAUGGCAUAAUACGAAUUGGAGUGAAGCCAGCAUCUGAACUAUUCCCCAAACUUUUGAUGCAACGAUUACGCAGCGAAAAUCGAGAUAAUUUUUGGCGACCAUAUAUCAAACGUUUAGCUGCAAAUUUAGCUUGUGAUUUGAAUGAAGCUGAAGAAUAUUUAAACCAUAACCUUGUGUCAAAUCAUAACGGCAAUAAAAGUAAUUUUAGAAAAUCAGUUGAAUGGGGUUCGACUGAAUUGUCUACCAAGCCGAAACUGACCAAUCAGAAUUUAGAUACUGUUUUGCCUCAAACAAAUUCUACUGUAAACAAACAUUCUCAACAGAAAAGUUCAUCGGAAUUGAAGCAAGACAAGUCUAGCUUGUCGCCGUCCACUGCAAAAGUUCAAUUGAAAAAUGCUGCUCGGUGUUUGGAAGAAAGUCUAAUUCUUUUAGAUCAACAUUAUUCACCUAUGGAAAUUGUAUACGAUUGUUUUGUUUUUCAUGAUGGCAGUGAAUGGGUUGCUUGUAUAGAUACAAGUCCAUACAAUCCAAAUACAACAUUGUCCGAUUUACCAUUAUUACGAGAUUAUGCAGUUAACUAUGAAUAUGCAUCAUUCGGUGAACAAACCCAACUUUAUUAUACAGUGAAAAUUUUUGACAAUGGAAAGUUACUACAGAUUGUUACAAAUAACAGUAGUCAUGGCACUCAUGUUGCGGCGAUUGCCUCAGCGUAUUUUCCCAAUCAUUCAAAAGAUUCAUCUAAUAGUAGUGGGACUGUUACUGGUUCUACCGUGUUGUGUGAUCGUGAUGGAGUUGCACCUGGUGCACAAAUUGUAAGCAUUAAAAUUUCAGACAGUCGUUUAGGUCUAAUGGAAACUGGAAUUAGUUUAUUACGUGCCAUCCGAUGGACAAUUGAACUAAAAUGUGAUAUUGUGAAUUACAGUUUUGGUGAACAAGCAAUAUGGCCAAAUAUUGGGCGUAUCUCAAAGUAUUUGAAUCGAAUGAUUCAUAAAUAUGGUAUCAUUAUGGUUGCAAGUGGUGGGAAUAACGGACCUAGUUUGGGUUCAUUAAGUUGUCCAGGUGGUACAGUUCAAGGUGUAAUUGGUGUUGCACCCUUAGUAUUUCCUGACAUGAUGCAUUAUCUAUAUUGCCAACCAAGUGAUUCAUCGUCUCAUUACAACUGCCUAUAUAAUAAGUUUUGUGAUAAUGAUUCUCAAUCAAACUACCAAUCAGAUGAUGUGUAUUCAACUUCUCGAAAUUCUGUGAAUCAUUCCUGUCUUAGUGAAAAUGCUAAACCAACUGCUUAUAAUUGGGGUAGUCGUGGUCCAGCAUUUGACGGGGCUUUAGGUAUAUGUGUUGCUGCUCCCGGUGGUGCUAAUACGUCUAUAGCUAGUUGGCAAUUAAAGCCAGCCAGUGUUCUGAGUGGAAGUUCAAUGAGUGCGCCUAUGGUUACUGGUGGAAUUAGCCUUAUACUCUCUGGAUUGCGUCAUCGAUAUACUUGUAUUGAUAGUGAACGAUUGAAAAUUCCACCAUCGCUUAUAUAUAGAUGCUUAAUGACUACUUCUAAGUCAUUUAAACAUUUAUCUUAUUUGGAUCAAGGUUAUGGUUUGAUGCAAGUAGAUAGAGCCUUCUGUUAUGUAGAUCGUCUCAUACAUAAAUUAUAUGAACGAAAUAAAGAAUUAACUAAUCUGUGUACAGAUUUCAAGAAUAUAAAUGGUAUUGAUCAUGUCAAUGAUGCUGAUCAUAUAUCCUCACCAUCAUUAAAUGUUAAAAACUCGUCAAUAAAGUUAUUACCUGUACCUGAUCCAUGUAUAAUGUAUGGUUGGCACAUUCGAUUGACUGUUUCUGGACCUGGUUGUACACUACAAAAUCGUGGAAUUUGGUUAAGACGUGGUUGGCUAUUGAGUCCACGAGCCGUGACUAGUGUAGCCCAAUUACCGUUGUUACGGUACACCGUGAGUAUGAACAUUGAAUUUGACGAGUAUGUUCCUAUUGGUAUUCGACGAAACAUGGAAUUGCAUUUAACUACUGAGGUAACUUCCGACCUAGAUAAACUAACAAAUUUUAAUGCUUGGUUACAAAUUGCAUCAAUGAUAACUGUUACAAGUACACCAAGAGAUAUUAACUUAGUUAUCGAUCCAAAUAGAUUUAAUCAAUUGUUAUGUGAAAUAGAUGAGGAAAUUUCUCCCUUAAAUGAUGAAUGUGAUGCAACAAUAAAGAAAACACAAUAUUUCUGUAAUAAAUGUGCAGGGAAUAACAAAAACCUUACUAAGGGACUCCUGAAUCGUCAGGAGAUAUCUUCACUAUCAGAGGAUCAAUUGAAGUCACAACUAUGCGCAGAACAACACAAUGAACUAUCAGGUUUCGGUUGGCCAUCAAAUCUAAUUUCUUCAGUUAAACAUCCUUUUCAUUCAUCGCCUGUUAAAUCACAAAAACCAUAUGUUAUAAUGCUUAGUUUUAAAGCUAUUAAUGAUCCAGAAAUGAGCCGGUUAGCAGAUUUACCAAUAAUUAUACAUAUGCCACAUAGAUUGCAUAGAGAUUGUUGUUCGGACCACCCACGUUUCUUAUUCUCAGAUAGAUUUGAUGCUAAAAAUAAAGUAAGGAGAUGGUUCAUUGAAGUUCCCUAUGGAGCUACUGCGGGAAUUUUACGUUUAGCACGGUUAGAUGAUGAUGGAGAUAAAUCGUGUGAAUUUACGAUUACUGUUAAUUCACCAUGUAUUGGUAUGGAUUCGGAUAGUCAAGAAAUUCGAUGGACAUUUGUUGAAUUAAAUAAAUUUGGUCAAACUAAAUCGACUUUAAAACGCAGUGAUAAAUAUGGACCAUCAUUGAGUUCAGAUGAUUUCGACUGUGCAUCACAAUUUGGAUUUCCUAUUAAAUGGGAGACAGAUUGUUUAGAAUUAACUAUAGCACAACAUUGGGGAUUAGAAAUGCCAGCUAUUGUAAUUGGUGAAUUGUAUUUUCGUGGUCUUGAACCAAGUCUUAAAAACAUUGUAUUGAAUACAAGUGAUCGUUAUUGUCGUAUCGGUUUACGUUCUAAUUUUAUUAAUGAAUCAAUACAGCCGGAUAUAUGGUUAACUCAUUGGUGUUUGCCUGUCAAGCCUCAUGAUUCGAAAAUUUUUUAUUUAGGUCAUGGAACAAAUGAACUGCUUCCCAACGAUUGUGGCUCGUAUGCUCUGCGUUUAACAUAUCGGUUUAGUUGUCCUUUCAAAUCAGCUACAACCAUCAUUUCUUUGCCUUGGUUACAAGAUAUGCUUUAUACCAGUGAUUACUCAAUUCAUAUAUUUCAUAUUUAUGAUAAUUGUGGCCGAUAUAUUGGUGCUGGUGAAUACGAUGGACACCGUGAACAACGUCCGAAAUUUACUUUCAAUUUACAAAAGGGUGACUAUAAAGUGAUUGCACAGAUUUGCCAUGAAAGUGGUCCAUAUUUAAAACGUGAACCAAUAAAACUAUUAUCUGUCCCUUGUCCACCAGGGAACGAAUUGUCGUAUAAUUUAAGUGAAUACAAAAAUGCUGAUUCUACCGCGAUCAAUUCCACUUGGUCACCGUUACAAUCAUUACAAAACACUCCAAUAUUAGUAAGUUUUCGUUUAACUGGAGGAAUGGAAUUAGCUAGCGGUAGAAAAGGUGGUUCUUGUUUAACUGGACAAAGUGUUGUACAAUUUGAAUUCAGCUCAUUCCCUUCAUCGCUUAAUUUGAACGGUACCAAAUUUUGUUCAGCUAUGGAUCCUUUAACAUCUGAUGCAAAACAAACUUUAAUGAUCAAUCGUAGUGUAUUGAAUAAUUAUUCAUCAAAUACAAUUACAAAUGAUCAACACACAGAUAAUAUUGAAUCAAAUCGUUUGAAUUGUACCAGGUUCAUAUUUUCCGGAGCGAUUGGAUUCUAUGAUUCUAAUUUAUUACAUAAUUUAGUAACUUAUCCAUUUCGUUUAGUCAUGGAUAAUUCAAACAUAUUGUCUUCAAAACCUACUUUAAUUACAACACCAACUGCUACUACUUCUACUAAUAGCGCUACUUCAUCACCUGUACUCCUCUCAUCUUCCAUACUAUCAUCUGAUCAUAAUAAUAUAAAAGUAAAAGAACUUCCUAGAAAGUUAUUAAUCAGCUAUAUGGGUUUAAGAUAUAGACACAUCCCAUACAUCAAUUCAUCAAGAUCAUCACGAAGAGAAAAUAUGCCAAUUAGAAAAUCUCAUGAAAAUAAUAAUACUUACCAUAAUUCAUCAUCGCUUAUGUGUGAAAACUUGAUGAAUAAUGUGAAAACAGAUUUAACUGGUGAGCGUAAAGGACGGGACGCUGAUAAUAAUCCAAAUAAUUAUGUAAAUGACGUUGAACAAAAGGCGGAGGUUAAUUACUCGACGAAAUCAUCACCAAACGAAUUAGAUUCACAAUCGAAUGAUCAUAAUACACUAGAUUCAUUGAAUGUCAUUGAACAAGAUACUAAAAUUUUGACAACACCCGACAAUAUUGAUUUUGAUGUCAAUAAUUCAAGCAGAGAAACGGUGUGCGGUCAACAAACAUUAGAAGCAACGGCAUCAGUAGUGGUAACACCACCAAAAUCCACCACAGAACAUAAUCUCUCAAAUGAUAACAAAAAUCAAACAUCAUUCAAGGUGAAAAACUAUAAUUCAGAUGAAUUCAGUGCUAUUCUUUGUAAAAUUCAUGUAGAUUUAUGUUCAUUGGAUAAACCGUUCAUAAGUACCUUUGACGAUGAUGAUGAUGAUAAUGACGAUGUUAAUAUUCGUAAUAACAACAAUGAUUGGCAUACUAAUCUAUGCAUGCUUUUAAAAGAACGUUUCAAACUAUGGUAUGAUAUUGAUUGUUUAAUGAAUGGUCGAUUGAUUAAUUCCGAUGAAACAUUGAACCUGUUGAACAGAUUUUUUGAAUUCUCAUCAAUACCAACUAUACAAAAGACGACACAAUUACAUAAUAUGGAUAAUUCAAAAGUUUCAAUCAAAUCUUCAUCAGUGCCUACGAAAGAUAACUAUUUAUUUUAUCAUCUAUUGAAUGUUUCAUUACCAUCUAGUAAUAAUAAUAAUAGUAACUCAGUGACACCUAUAAAGAAGAAUCUCAAGACUAACACUUUAGCCACUACUGAUGGUGCAUGUCUUUUUUGCAAACCUGAACCUUCUGGUGGGUGUGUUGUAAGUCAGUCUAAUCAAAGAAUAGUCAAAUCUGAAAACAAGAACAAUAAUCAAAAACCUAUGGGAAUUAGUGCCAUUGAAUUCAAAUUACGUCUUAUAGAUAUACUGACUCGUUAUGGUCGUCUUAUUGCUGAACGUUUAAUUUGUUUAAAUUAUAUACAUCAUCAGUUGAUUUAUACAAAUCCAUAUAAAUGGUCAUUAUAUAACUUUAUUGAAUCUAAAAUGACAUGUUCAAAUGAUCCACUUGAUCAACAAUCAUUACCAUCAUUCUCUUGUAUUGAAUUAAUUCAAUAUCUUGAUCAUAUUUAUGAACGUUUAAUGAAAUUAAUUAGUCAAACAAUCUUAAGUAAUGAUUCUAUUGGAUUGAAUAUUCAAUUAGGUAAUAAUGCUUUACCUAGUUGGCUUCUUUUAUCAACCCAUUGUACAGUUAAUGAAAAUUUAUCAUCUAUGAAUUAUGGUUCAAUUGGUGGAAGAUUAAUUACAUUUUUUAUUUUAUAUAUGAUAAUUAAACAACAAUAUGCUGAAGCUAUUUAUUAUUUUCUUCGUUUAUUAUAUCAAAUUGAUGAACCUCCUGUCGGAGCAUUAAGAGGUAUUAUUAACUGUGCAUUUCCAUCUUCACCUACAUCUUCAUUUGGAGUCCUACGUCAGUGUCAUGCAACUUUAGAAAAUUCUUUAGAGAUAGCUAAAUCAACUCUUCCUUGGCUAACAUGGGUAUAUUAAUGACUAUUUAUUGUUAUAUUAAAUAAAUACCAAACAUAUUUAUUGUUAAAAUCUGAAAGUUUA